GUCGAAUGGAUCGGCUUCUGCCGUCAUUUGCGGCCGCCGAACACAUCGGAGCUUUGUGCCCUCGUCCCGUCGUGAACAGCACGGGUACAGCGGCGGCUCCGUUCAUCUCAGCGGCGACGUCUCAGUUUUGAUAUUUAUGAAGUGAGGGUUCCGUCUGCGCAACGUCCCGCCGCCACCACGCACCCGCUCGCGGAUGCAGCAGCUCCUGCGCGGCGCCUCUCUCCUCCGUCUCUACGAGUGUAGCCGUGGGCUUCCAAGUGCAAACUACAGUUGCAGAAAGUUAGUGCUGACAAAGCUGAACGUGAUGAGUGAGGGGAUUCGGGCUACGUAUUCACGCCGAGCUGCCUCUAAGAACAUUGAGAUCAAGAAAGAUGACGAGACAAUCAUGGAGAAGGAAGAUGUUACUGAAAGCACGUUGGAGAUAGAGCGAAUCAGAGGUGAUCCUAGUAUGCUCCAAUCCAUGACAGUGAAAGAGCUCAGGGAACUCACAAGGAGGAUGGGAGUUUCUGGGAAAGGUAACAAGAAAGACUUAGUAUCAGCUCUGUUGGAUUCUCUGGGCCAGGAAGUAACUGAUAAAGAUGGAGCAUCAAAAGUUGAGAAAGUUGGCCCGUCAGAAGUACCUUCAAAAAGAAAAGGUGCUGCUUCAGUAGUAGUUGAACAAAAUUUAGAAACUUCUGAAGUUAUUUCUGAAACUCCUAGCAAGAGAAGUAGAACAAAGCAGAAAUCAACCAAGGGCACCACUCCGAAGGAGAAUUCUGUGACUACUGUCAAGCUAAAUAAAACAUCAAUCCAGAAGGAAACAGUUGUUGUUCACGGUACUGUGGAUGAUGCAGAGCCUUGGACUCUACUUGUGCACAAGAAGCCACGACCAGAGUGGAUUCCCUACAAUCCUAAGGUCAUGAGGCCUCCACCCCUUGGCAAGGAUACAAGGGCCGUAAAGAUUCUAUCAUGGAAUGUCAAUGGACUGAGAGCUUUGAUGAAAUCUAGGGGCUUCUCUGUUCAUGAGUUAGCACAGAGGGAGGAUUUUGAUAUACUAUGCCUGCAAGAGACGAAAAUGCAGGAGAAAGAUGUUGAAGUCAUCAAGGAAAGUCUACUUGAAGGCUAUACCAAUAGUUUCUGGACAUGCAGUGUAUCGAAACUUGGCUAUUCGGGGACUGCCAUAAUUUCACGGGUAAAACCACUUUCUAUCAAGUAUGGGCUUGGUGUACCAGACCAUGAUACAGAAGGGAGGGUUGUGACAGUGGAAUUUGAUGAUUUUUACUUGCUAACCGCUUAUGUGCCGAAUUCCGGCGAUGGUCUAAAAAGACUGACUUACAGGGUCACAGAGUGGGAUCCAUGCCUUGGUAACUACAUGAAAGAAUUGGAAAAAUCGAAACCUGUGAUACUAACUGGUGAUCUUAACUGUGCGCAUCAGGAGAUUGAUAUACAUGAUCCUGCUGGAAAUAGCAGAAGUGCUGGCUUCACUAAAGAAGAAAGGAAAUCAUUCGAGACUAACUUCCUGUCCAAAGGGUUUGUCGAUACGUUUCGGAAACAGCAUCCUGAUGUUGUUGGAUAUAGCUACUGGGGCUACAGGCAUAACUGCCGGAAGACCAAUAGAGGUUGGCGCCUGGAUUACUUUCUCGUGUCGGAGUCCAUUGCGGAAAGAGUUCAUGACUCGUACAUCCUCCCGGACGUUUCUGCGAGCGACCACAGCCCACUCGGCCUCGUACUGAAGCUCUAGGCGAUGCCUCGCCCCAGCCCGUAUGGAAGACGCAAAUCUUCUUCUGGGGUUGGUCUGCAGAUGCUGCUCCUUCCGUUUUGCGCAGAUGGAUUUUCCAGCGGUGAAACAGUAAUAGGUGCUACUGGAAGUCUGUAAUGGUGCUGUUGAUUGGUCAUUGUACUACCAAUCUAGAUCUAGGGUUGCAGUAUUAUGGUUCGGUUGUAGACUGAUCUUUGAGAGUACGCAUGAAAUUAUUCCUCCGUUGGUCUGA